AUGACUGAAGCCAAAGUUUUCCCAAACGGAAAGAGUAUAACAAGAUACCUAGAACAAUAUUACUUAGGUUUUAAAGAUCUGGAAUACAAUUAUUUGGGUGACUUUUACCAUGUUGACCAAGACGAGUUCGACCUGGAGUGUUCAAACAGAGACGUUUCAGUUAUUCUUGCGAGUUUAUUAUGUAUAAAGCUGGGAAGUGAAAUAAUAAAGAAGAUAUUAGAAGACAUAGUUCGUGAGAAUUUUUUGAAAACCGCAGCAACAAAGGAACCAAUAGUUUCUUCUCAUUCACAUAACAAAGAAAAAUCACAAGACUGGGAAGAAAAAAUGCGAAAAGGGGAAAAUUCCUUAGGAAAUAAUGAAACGAGUAGUACAUCCAAAUCUGGUAAAUCUGGUAAAUCAGAAAGUAAGACAAAACGCCACAAUCGACAUACAAAGUCCAAAAAGAAAUCAUCGACACAAGAAAAGAAAAAAGGGAAGAUCGAAGAAAUUCCGGUUCAAACAACUUCCGAUGAUGAUUUGGAUAAAUAUUUUGCCAAACAAUCACGUGACCUUAAGUUUUACGAUUUUCCGAAGGAUGUUGAUAUUUAUGAGACUCUCAAGAAAGUUGGAUAUGUAGAAAGGCUAGAGGUCAAGUGGAAUUAUAAAAGUAAAGAAGAACAUGAAGAGCUGGACGAUUUGAAUAACAAAUUUAGCGAAAGUUUAGAUAAAAUGACGAAUAAGACGAAUCAAGAAGAGAAAGGAACAACGAGUACGGAACAAGAUGAAGUCAACGAAAACAAAAAAUGCGUAGUGACAGCGCAGGGAUGA